AGGGUGAGGACCUGUCUCCCUAGGCUGGCGGGCGGGUCAGAGCCCGGGAGAUGCGGCGAGGCACGUGGGCUGGAGACACUUCCUAGAAACGCGCACGGGCUCAACCCUGCCUGAACUUUCCUGUAAACAGAGCGCUGACAGGCGGCAUCCCCACUGGGUGGAUCCCGCGCUCCUGGCGCAAGUGGCACUUCUUGCUUUUAAUUAUCGAGAGGAGAGGCGAAUACGAACUAGCUGCACGGCAAGUCAGUGCAGGAGGCUGACUUCUGCGAGGCUUGCGGGGAGGCUGGGGGAAGAGCUGGGGGAGGCUGCUGCUCUGCUCCGGCUGUUUUCUCAAUGAAUAGCUGGCGGGGAGACUGAAGCUAGCCACAGCCUCCUCCUCACUCCGCGGCUGGGUGACGGCGACAGCUCCAGCCGGGACCUGGCUCUCAAGACGCGCUCCUUGGAAUGUCCUCUUGCUCUGCGCUUCUAACCCACGGGUCCCCAGGACAGAAAGGCUUUCCGGAUCCAAAUAUUGGUCGGCAAAUGGUACUUGGGAAUGGUAUUUUCUGAUGACAACCCCUUCUGUUUGUGACAAAGCCUGUCGCCCGCAGUUGCCCCUGAAGAGAAGUACGAAGUAAAACUCAGUCCUGCCUUAAAGUGUGGCUGAGGGACCAGAGGAGAGUCAGCACGCACCAUGGCACCGACCGGACACAUCCUCACCUUGCUGCUCUGGGGUCACCUGCUGGAGCUCUGGACCCCAGGUUACACUGCGAACCCCUCCUAUCCCAGGCUACGACUGUCUCAUAAAGAACUCUUGGAACUGAACAGGACGUCAAUAUUUCAAAGCCCCUUUGGUUUUCUUGAUCUCCACACAAUGCUGCUGGAUGAGUAUCAAGAACGGCUCUUUGUGGGAGGCAGAGACCUUGUCUAUUCCCUGAACUUGGAACGCGUCAGUGAUGGCUACAGAGAGAUAUACUGGCCUAGCACAGCAGUAAAAGUAGAAGAAUGCAUAAUGAAAGGAAAAGACGCAAAUGAGUGUGCCAAUUAUGUCCGGGUUUUGCAUCACUACAACAGGACACACCUUCUGACCUGUGCUACGGGAGCCUUUGAUCCACACUGUGCCUUUAUCCGAGUCGGGCACCAUUCAGAGGACCCCCUGUUUCACCUGGAGUCACACAGAUCUGAGAGAGGAAGGGGCAGAUGUCCUUUUGACCCCAACUCCUCCUUUGUGUCCACACUAGUUGGUAAUGAACUGUUUGCUGGGCUCUACAGUGACUACUGGGGCCGAGACUCAGCGAUCUUCCGCAGCCUGGGGAAGCUCGGCCAUAUCCGCACCGAGCAUGACGAUGAGCGGCUGCUGAAAGAACCAAAAUUUGUAGGUUCAUAUAUGAUUCCUGAUAACGAAGACCCAGAGGACAACAAAAUGUACUUCUUCUUCACUGAGAAGGCAUUGGAGGCAGAGAACAAUGCCCACACGAUCUACACCCGAGUGGGGCGGCUGUGCGUGAAUGACAUGGGAGGACAGAGAAUCCUGGUGAAUAAGUGGAGCACAUUCCUCAAAGCACGGCUGGUUUGCUCAGUACCAGGGAUGAAUGGAAUUGACACACACUUUGACGAAUUAGAGGAUGUGUUUUUACUGCCUACCCGAGAUCCCAAGAAUCCAGUGAUAUUUGGACUAUUUAAUACUACCAGCAAUAUUUUUAGAGGCCAUGCUGUAUGUGUGUAUCACAUGUCAAGUAUCCGGGAAGCCUUUAAUGGCCCAUAUGCACAUAAAGAAGGCCCUGAAUAUCACUGGUCACUGUAUGAAGGAAAGGUCCCCUACCCAAGGCCUGGUUCUUGUGCCAGCAAAGUGAAUGGAGGAAAGUACGGAUCCACCAAAGACUACCCUGACGACGCCAUCCGAUUCGCAAGGAUGCAUCCACUAAUGUAUCAGCCCAUAAAACCUGUCCAUAAAAAACCAAUACUGGUAAAAACGGAUGGAAAAUAUAACCUGAGGCAACUAGCAGUGGACCGAGUGGAAGCGGAGGAUGGCCAGUAUGACGUUUUAUUUAUUGGAACAGACACAGGAAUCGUGCUGAAAGUAAUCACAAUUUACAACCAAGAAACAGAGUGGAUGGAGGAAGUCAUUCUGGAGGAACUUCAAAUAUUCAAGGAUCCAGCCCCUAUCAUUUCUAUGGAGAUUUCUUCAAAGAGGCAACAGCUCUAUAUUGGGUCAGCCUCUGCUGUGGCACAAGUCAGAUUCCAUCACUGUGACAUGUACGGCAGCGCCUGUGCUGACUGCUGCCUGGCUCGAGACCCUUACUGUGCCUGGGAUGGUAUCUCCUGCUCCAGGUACUACCCGACAGGUGCACACUCAAAGAGGAGAUUCCGCAGGCAGGAUGUUCGGCACGGCAACGCCGCCCAGCAGUGCUUUGGGCAGCAAUUUGUGGGAGACGCUUUGGAUAGGACUGAAGAGAGGCUGGCUUAUGGCAUAGAGAGCAACAGUACUUUGCUGGAAUGCACCCCACGAUCACUACAAGCAAAAGUUGUCUGGUUUGUACAGAAGGGACGCGACGUAAGAAAGGAAGAGUCCCUGGAUCACCUCUCCACACUCCCACCUUCUUCCCGAAAUGCCCAUUGGAAUGAUCUAAAGCAGUCCAAGUCCACAUCUGCAUAAUAGAUAGCUAUACAAUGUAGUAGACAUGGAUGAGCUGUAAAGGUAACACUGUUGUCGUACAUGUCUUACUUCCUUUAAAACUCCUCACCACGAUGUAUACCACAUCCUUGAUUCAAGGAUCUCUCCUUCAUUCUGGUGGAAACUGAACAUCAUACAAAUAUAUAUUCAUUGUAACUUCUGUUGUGUUAAUAACAGUCAUUUCUGCAAACAACACUGAUAGACCCAAGCAUGAAUCUGUCAGCAUUGUUCAUUUCUGUGACUAUUGCCAGUGUGUGUGUAUGUGUGUGUGUGUGUGUGUGUGUGUGUGUGUGUGUGCAUGCGCGUGUGUGUGCGCACGCGGGUGCACGGGGUGUAUGCAUACAUUGCAUGGUGUAUGAUGUGUAUGUGUCAGUGAGGUCAUGUAGGUGAUGGUCAGAACACAAAUUUUAAGACUGAGUUCUCUACUCCUUGGGUUACAAUGAUCAAGUGUAGGCCAUCAAUCUCACAUAGCAAGAAAUUUUAUUCUACAAGCCAUUUUGCACAUCGUGGAUGUUUUAAAUAUGGUGGUUACUCAAAUUUCAAUUCUUAUUCAUGAUGACUUUCAGUGUCAUCAUUUGUUAGAAAAAAAAACAACUUUCAUUUUUUCACAUUUGUUCCCUGUACCAUCCUAGACUUCCACAAUGGAGACAAGAAGCAGUUCACUCUCUAGUUGGCAAUAAUCUCUGUCAUAUAUAUUAGAGCAUAAUUUAGGAUAAAAAAUUUUACUUUUAUCUUACCAGAUAUAUUUUUUUCUCUAAGUCAACCAUUGUUUAUAUCCAAUAUGGGUCAGAUACGUAAAACAAUAUAUUGUUGGCCUUUGUUUUUUGACAAAAUUGAUUUUGUUACUUGGUUAUAAUGUAUUCUGUGUUGAUCCAAUUUAAGGUCUAUGUCUGCCUCUUUCCAUUGCAAGACAUGGAACCACGUGGCUUGUACACAUGGGAGCCACUGCUUUCUUCUGACCAGCUCCCAGAUGUGCACAGCUCCUGAUGCAGUUAUGUUUUUAUUUGAUAUAAUGGCACAUCCUGAAUCAAUAUUUGUAGUAAAGAAUAUUAAAACCAUUUUUAGUAAGAAAUGCUGUGUUCAUAUAGAUUGCCCAGAAGAAUAUUUGAUAGAAUGAUGUAUUAUUGUGCCAUCUUCUUGACCACAGAAAUCUGGACUGCAGAUAGAGGACAAUCACAGCUGUGUGAAAACAAUGCUGUAAUCAAGAUUUGAUGAUGGGUAUGACUAAGUUAGCGAAAGCAGAAGAAUUAAAUCACAGAAGGAAUGCAAGUGCAAAUUUCUAAGUCGUAUUUAUUUUUAGGUAUCCAUUAACCGCAGAAGGCACAUUCAACUUUUAAGGCUAUGUAACUUACACAGUGGACACUGGGAAUUGUAAUAGCACUUAUUCCUGGGGGGAAAAUGUGAAUUCUCUGUAACCAAGAAGGGCAAAAAAAAAUUACGAGAAUAACAUCAUUUUUGUUGUGCAAAUAACCAACGUAAAACAAUUCCCAUGGUAACUGUCGUGUUUCUCUGAUAUGGUCUGGGCUUUAUAUGCCUACAGUGACUUGCUUCUCAAACUUCAACAUGUAGUUAUGGAUGAAAUAUUACCUUAUGAUAUCAGACAUCAAACAUACCCCUAAUUUCACUGAACACAGGCUUAGAGCUCAUCUAUUUUUCAUUAAGUGUCUGACUAGGUGCAAGGUGAGUUUUUCAUGUGCUAUUCACUCUAACAGGAGACAGGAAGGAGACAGAAGAUGAUACUCACUGUAGGUGUUUGUAGGUGCAUGUUUUUUCUAGUGAAGCCAAUGCCCUAGACCGUCCUUACUUAUGUGUGCUGCAACUGUCUUUCCUGAGUCAUGGGCUGUUACCAGAAUCAUGCUGUCUUCCUUGCUAUUCAGAUCACUAUUAGGGAGUUCUAGGAAAUAUGAGUGUUAGAUCCAUUUUCACGGACAUACAGCACCCAAGGGCAAAUUGAUACAUUUUGUUUACACUGUAUUCUGAGCCCAGCACUUGUUGUGUAAUGACUCAUGAAAAAUAAGAACACCAGUUCCCUUCAUGACCUUGUCACAUGAUUAAAGAGAGGAACAUUGUUUUGAAAAGAAAAUGACUUAAAGAAUAUGUUAAAUAUCUUAUGCGUUACGAACACCAGUGAUGGUGAGUUGUAAAAUGACAUGAAAGAUUCUUAUGAGCUGUAAGGGAGGUAUUAUAAAGCAAAUGAAAUUUAAACCGAGGCCUAAAAUGUAAAUGAGCUAGCAUACACUAGAAAAGAUUUCACUGAAGAAAAGAAACACACACACACACACACACACACACACACACACACACACACACACAAAACCACCAACCGAAGAGUACACAUGGACAGACCCAUGGCUCCAUCCGCAUAUGUAGCAGAGGAUGGCCUUGUUGGGCAUCAGUGGGAGGAGAGGCCCUUGGGCCUCUGAAGGCUCAAUGCUCCAGUGUAGGGGAAUGCCAGGGCGGGAAGGUGGGGGGGAGUGGGUAUGUAUGGGGAGGACCCUUAUAGAAGCAGGAAGAUGGGGACUAGGAUGUGGUGUUUCUGGAGGGGAAACCAGGAAAGGGGAUAACAUUUGAAAUGUAAAUUAAAAAAAUACCCAAAAAGAAAAGAAAAAAAAAACAAAACAGAUGAAAGAAUGUUGGGAAUGCUUUGCUCCUACGAAAUCAUCUUGCUGGUGUGUGAACUGGCCCAGUGGGUAAACAUGCUUGUUGUCAAGGAUGAGGUUGCUUAUGGGACCCACCUAGUGGAAGGAGACCUCUUACAAGCUGUCCUCUCAUUUCCACAUGCAGACCAUGGCACAUGUGCUCUGUGUGUGUGUGCACAUGCACACACACAAUAAUACAUACACACAUAUAUACAUAUAUAUGAACAUAUGUAUGUACAUAGGCUAGAAGAGAAAACAUGGUGGCAGUACCAGGAAUGAAAGCAGACAGAAUUAGAGAAAGAAAUAUUUGAUUCUUUAAGUAUUCUGGAUGUCCCUGUCACCUGCUCUCAAAGAUGUAAUGUCUGCUUGAACUCUGACACAUCUUAAAGGGUUUAUUAUAUAUUUAGAAGAAUGGAGAAAUGAAUGCUUUGUAUUCUUGUUGUAUUGAUCUUUCAAUAUUUGAAAUAAAACAUUCUUAUAUUGUUGAAAAUUUUUGCAAACAAGGAAUUUAAAAGUCUGCAUACCCUUAAAAUUAUUUAGUAUGAUGAUUUUUUUCAUGGAAAUGAUUGUCUCCAUAAGAUAAUAUGGAACAAUAACUAUAAUGUGUGUGUGUGUGUGUGUGUGUGUGUGUGUGUGUGUGUAAAACUUUCUUCCUACUGCACUGUAUGUCAUGUAAUUUCAUAUUCCAACACUUAUUUCAAAUGCUUCCUUUUUCUACAUUGUACUACAUAGGGAUGCUGUUUGGGCUCAUUUGAUUGGGACAUACCAUCGGUGUGAUGAACCCAUCUUUGCUUUUCUUACAUCUGGGAAACACUUAAGUUUUGAAAAUGGUUCACAUUUUAUGGUAAACACAAAUAUUAAUACCGUGCUCCAUCUUCCAUAUGAUAAGAAAUACAGUUUUUAAGUAAGUAUUGGCCUUGGGAUAACAAACACAGUGACUUAAAACAUACUCGUGGGAAAGUCGCUAACCUCAGAAAUGAUCACUUUGGCUCCCUGCUGUGGGAAACAGCUUGUCAUGCUGGUCACCUGAGCGACUCACAUCUUCAUGGACAAGCAAAUGCUCUGAAGAAGCGUAGGUCCUUAUUAGUUUGUUAAAGAAAAGAUGAAGGAUGCCAGGGAAAACCUCUGUGAUACAUGUAUGUGCAACAUUGCAUGUGCACAUGUAGAGAGGAGGUGAGGAGGUACAAAGAUCGAAAGGAAGGAGAAAUGUCAUGUGACUGGACGAGGAUAUAUGCAGUAUAUAGCCAUUUCUCAGGGCUACAUCAUGCCAUUCAUCAGCAGACAUCGAAAAUCCUCCCAGUCAGUGAAGAGAGCAGAGUUCCUCCAACACUGCUAAGGAGGAUCUGAUGGAAAGAAUGGACAGAAGGAAGGUUCGGGAAGUCUGCUGUGAGACCAAAUGAGACAGAGCAGUGUGGAGUCUAACACUGGCAUAAAAACCAAUGAGGACAAAGCAUCUUUUUCUGGUCACCACUGAAGAAAUGUUCAUAUGGAUUUGUUACAAGUUGUCUAUGAGGAUAGACACAUAGAUAGGAGAUAGAUAGAUAGAUAGAUAGAUAGACAGAUAGAAGGCAGAGAGAUAAAUAUAAGUAUUCAUUGAUAGAGUUUGCGAGUCCUGGAAUGAUUAUAUAAUUUUUAGAAUUGGGAAGUGGCAAACGGAAGGGGUAGUUUCAGUGGAAGAUUAGUAUAUCAUAGUUGCUAAAGACCGGUAUAAAUCUUAGUAUUAUUUAAAUUAACAUAAAGGCAGUGGACUGUCUGUAUAAUGUGUGACAUUUUAGGGAAACUGGUUGAAACAAAGAAAUAGAAAGGUCACAAUACAUGGAAUUUAUUUUUGGAAGACUAGGAAAUCUGAUGAUAAAACAAAGAACUAAGGAAAAGAAUCAUUCAUUGGGGUUGGGGAUUUAGCUCAGUGGUAGAGCGCUUGCCUAGCAAGCGCAAGGCCCUGGGUUCGGUCCCCAGCUCCCAAAAAAAAAAAAAAAAAAAAAAAAAAAGAA